GGGUCAAGGUGGCAACAAGGGGAGGGCCCCCUGACACUUCUCCAGGAUUUAAACCCAGGCGGCCUGGAGUGCAGCUCCUACUCCAUACCCAGUAUUCCUGCCUCACCGCUCGCCUGCUACUCCAGACAUGCAGGGACCCUGGGUGCUGCUGCUGCUGCUGGGCCUGAGGCUGCAGCUCUCCCUGGGCAUCAUCCCAGCUGAGGAGGAGAACCCGGACUUUUGGAACCGUCAGGCAGCCAAGGCCCUGGAUGCCGCCAAGAAGCUGCAGCCCACACAGACAGCUGCCAAGAACCUCAUCCUCUUCCUGGGCGACGGGAUGGGGGUGUCUACGGUGACAGCCGCCAGGAUCCUAAAGGGGCAGAAGAAGGGCAAACUGGGGCCAGAGACGCCCCUGGCCAUGGACCGCUUCCCAUACGUGGCUCUGUCCAAGACAUACAGCGUAGACAUGCAUGUGACAGACAGCGCAGCCACAGCCACGGCCUACCUGUGCGGGGUCAAGGGCAACUUCCAGACCAUCGGCUUGAGCGCAGCCGCCCGCUUUAACCAGUGCAACACGACCCGCGGCAAUGAGGUCGUCUCCGUGAUGAACCGGGCCAAGAAGGCAGGGAAGUCCGUGGGUGUGGUGACCACCACACGGGUGCAGCACGCCUCGCCAGCUGGUGCCUACGCACACACGGUGAACCGCAACUGGUACUCGGACUCUAACAUGCCUUUCUCCGUCCGCCGGGAGGGCUGCCGGGACAUCGCCAUGCAGCUCAUCUCCAACAUGGACAUUGACGUGAUCCUUGGUGGAGGCCGAAAGUACAUGUUUCCCACGGGGACCCCAGACCCUGAGUACCCAAGUGAUGCCAGCCAGAAUGGAAUCAGGCUGGACGGGAAGAACCUUGUGCAGGAAUGGCUGUCAAAGCACCAGGGUGCCCGGUAUGUGUGGAACAGCACUGAGCUCAUGCAGGCUUCCCUGGACCCGUCUGUGACCCACCUCAUGGGUCUCUUUGAGCCCGGAGACAUGAAAUAUGAGAUCCACCGAGACCCCACACGAGACCCCUCCCUGAUGGAGAUGACGGAGGCCGCCCUACGCCUGCUGAGCAGGAACCCCCGAGGAUUCUUCCUCUUUGUCGAGGGCGGCCGCAUCGACCAUGGUCAUCAUGAAAGCAGGGCUUACCGGGCACUGACUGAGACGAUCAUGUUCGAUGACACCAUUGAGAGGGCGGGCCAGCUCACCAGCGAGGAGGACACGCUGGCCCUCGUCACCGCUGACCACUCCCACGUCUUCUCCUUUGGUGGCUACCCCCUGCGAGGGAGCUCCAUCUAUGGGCUGGCCCCCGGCAAGGCCCGGGACGGGAAGGCCUACACGGCUCUCCUAUAUGGAAACGGUCCCGGCUAUGUGCUCAAAGGCGGCGCCCGGCCGGAUGUUACCGAGAGCCAGAGCGGGAGCCCUGAGUACCGGCAGCAGUCAGCAGUGCCCCUGGACGGAGAGACCCACGCAGGCGAGGACGUGGCGGUGUUUGCGCGCGGCCCGCAGGCGCACCUGGUGCAUGGCGUGCAGGAGCAGAGCUUCAUAGCGCACGUCAUGGCCUUCGCCGCCUGCCUGGAGCCCUACGAGGACUGCGACCUGACGCCCCUGGCUGGGACCACCAACGCUGCGCAUCUGAGUCGGGCCGUGGUCCUUGAGGUGCUGCUUCUGUGGGCUGGGAUCCUGCUGCUACUGGGGACAGCCGCUGCUCGCUGAGUGCCCUGUCCCUGGGGCUCCUGCUUCCCCAUCCCGGAGUUCUGCUCCAGAUGUCCUGCCACGGAACUUCACCUCCCCGUGCGCCCUGGGGACUGAGUCCAUGACACCAUGCCUUUGCUCUAGCUUGCCUUCAAAUUUCGACCCCAACAACAGGGACUGGGGAUUUGUGCCUGGCAGCUGCCUGCAACCCAGGAAAAGAGGCUCAGACUACCCAGCCUCUGCCCAUAUCCCAGACAGGCUCCCUCCUCAGGGACACGAGGCACCCAGAUAUAGGCCCCUGUGCCUUUCUUAGCUUCAGUCAUGGCAGCACCUGAGGGACAUGAGGACGUGGGAGCAUCAGGAUGCCUGGAAAAGCGGCUUCCUGCAACCCAUCCCGCCAGCCAACGAGGCUGCUGUGGCCGGGAUUCCCAGGGAGUCUUUGACACAAUCACCUGCUGUCCCUCCACUGGGCUAAUUCUACAUCCCUGCGCCCCUUCUAGGGGCCCAUGAGGCAGAGAGGCUUGCCCCAAGUCACACCCACUCUGAUGCUCAAAGCCCCCUAAGGUCAAUUUCGGCACCCAGCUGAGAUCCGAGGAGCAGCUGGGAAGCUCUGGGUGCAGGGCAGCAGCCCAGUGUCCAUGGCCCGCCCCAGGCCAUCUGGGCACUGGGCUUAGAUUUCUCAACAAAGAAGACUCUUACCUCCCGUCCCCGGACCUCCAUUCUUCUGGAAAACAAAGCAAUAAUAAAAGGAAGUGUUAGACAA